UUAGGUGGCGCCGUCGCAAGUUUAUGUCAUCCCUAAAGGGGGGGAAAAGAAAAAAAAGCCGAGCCUUGACCGAGCCCCGGAAUGAGCGAUCAGGAUCAAACCGAAGAGAUGGCUGCCUUGGCUGGCGAGAGCGGGGGUGGUGGCUAUGUCCAGCACAACAGCUCUAACCCCAACCAGGAGUCCCAGCCGUCCCCGCUCGCUCUGCUGGCAGCAACCUGUAGCCGGAUCGAGUCGCCCUCCGAGAAUGCAGCGGCCCAGGGGAUGAUCCCGCAGCAGCAGCAAGGCGCGCCGUCGGAACUCGACCUGACCACAGCCCAGAUCACGCAAGCGGCCAACGGCUGGCAGAUGAUCAUCCCCACCAUCACGUCCGGCUCCCCGUCUUCCUCGGGAUCGGGUGCUUCCAAGGAGCAAGACGGCGAUCCUUCGGGGCAGUCGGGGAGCGAGACGGCCAUGAAAAACCGGCCCAUAGCGAGCGCCGGCAGCGGUCAGUACAUGGUGUCGGCGUCCAACCUCCAGAACCAGCAGGUCUUUGCCAGCCUGGCUGGGGCCAUGCAGAACAUCCAGUAUCAGGUGAUUCCGCAGUUUCAGACGGUGGAUGGGCAGCAGUUGCAGUUUGCCACCACCUCGCCGUCCCAGCAGGAUGCCUCCAGCCACAUUCAGAUCAUCCCCGGCUCAAAUCAACAGAUAAUUACCACCAACAGGACGUCCCAGGGCAACAUAAUGACCACGAUGCCAAACCUAGUUCAGCAGGCGGUGCAGCUCCGACCAAGUGGCUCCAACAAUGUCAUCCCUACCCAGGCUCAGUUUGUUGCCAACUUCCCGAUGAACUUAAACGGGAAUGUCACACUGGUGCCCGUCAGUAAUGUCACCAAUGCCACGAUGGCAUCUAACUCGCAAUCGACGACCAUGUCCUCUGGAGAAGGGGUCACCCCCGACGACAGCAUGUCUCCUGUGACCUCCACGGCGCUGUGUCCAGUGAGCUCCGUCAGCAGCCUUGUGACGUCCAACGCCUCCAUCCAGUCCACCACCUCGACUAGCCCGUUCACAACGAACGCCAACACGUUUGUCACAACGACCACGGCGGGGCAGUUGGAGAACGCUACGGUGAGUUAUUCGACCGUCGGGACCCCGGCACGAGUCCAGGUCCACACGACAACCGCUCCCCAUCGGUUGAACUUACAAACGACCGACUCUACCCAGCUAACUGGAGUCCUCCUCCAACAGAUUCAACCAAAGGACUCAGACCAACAGCAGCAGAUCCUUUUGCAACCGCAGAUCAUCCAAGGAGUCACACAACAAACCCUUCAGUCUCUACAGGCCUCUUCCAUCCCCGGGCAGACGUUCACCGCUCAGACGAUUCCCCAGGAGGCACUGCAGAAUUUUCAGAUCCAAACGUUGCCAAAUUCAGGCCCCAUCAUUAUCCGGGGCCCCAUGUCUCUCUCUGGACAGAUGGGUUGGCAGACUAUCCAGUUGGGGAAUGUUCAAAAUGCCCAGGUUCAGAAUCAAGGUCAGACAAUCACUCUGGCUUCGCUUCAAGGACUGACCCAGACUGCUGGUGGGACAACCGUAGCCCAGCUAGCGCCAGCCUCACUGCCCUCUGGGACCGUCACUGUCAACGCAGCUCAGUUAUCCUCAGUGCCUGGCUUACAGACUAUCAACCUCAACGCUCUAGGGGCCGCUGGGAUUCAAGUCCACCAGUUUCAAGGAUUACCUGUGACCAUUGCAAACACUACAGGUGAUCAUGGAUCACACCUAAGUAUUCAAGCCGCCUCUGGGGACUCUGUGACUGACGAUGGCACACCGAUGGAGGAGGGAGAAACGAGUCCGGAGCCAGCUCAGCCCGGCCGGAGGCUACGGAGAGAGGCCUGCACGUGCCCCAACUGCAAAGACACCGAGGGCAGGAACUCGGGUGAUCCCGGGAAGAAGAAGCAGCACAUCUGCCACAUGCUGGGCUGCGGGAAGGUGUACGGGAAGACGUCACACCUGCGAGCUCACCUGCGCUGGCACACGGGCGAGAGGCCAUUCGUGUGUAACUGGCUGUUCUGCGGGAAGCGUUUCACGAGGAGCGAUGAGCUACAGCGGCACAAGCGCACACACACAGGUGAGAAAAAGUUUGCCUGCACACAGUGCCCCAAAAGAUUCAUGAGGAGCGACCACCUGUCGAAGCACAUCAAAACCCACCAGAACAAGAAGGUUGCCAUGCCCGUCAGCGUGACGGUGAGCCUGGCGUCGGACGUCAGCACCGCCGUGGAGAACGCAGUCUCCACCUCCGCCGGCACUCCCCUGAUCUCCGCCACCGGCGUCGUCAUGGAGACCAUCCCGCACGACGGAAUCGCCCGGCUGACCACCGGCGGGAUGAGCGUCAUGCAAGUGUCCGACCUGCAGACCAUCAACAUCAGCGGCAACGGGUACUGAACUCUUUCUGACACACCGCAGGCACAAGCAGACACACAACACCACACACCACGAAAGCAAAAAAAAAUAAAAAAAUACCCCAACGACAAAUGACGACAAACAAAAAUGCACACACAACCAUUGGCGAAGGACUUUUGGUCACUUUAAAUCAUUUUUUUCAUAUAGGUACACACACACACAUAAAAAAGCCAUCGGCCUUGAUAAAUUCUCUUAUCAACGCUCUACUUUCUAUAUAAAAAUCCAUUUUAAAGAAAAAAAGACGAAAAAAAACGUGGCUGAAAUAAGACGUCACUUUAGAUGCCUUAAAACUAUACUAUUUAUCCCGGGACAGGUUUUGAAUAAUAGACCUAAGAUAAUCUGCUUUUUUCCCACUCUCUUUUUACCCCCGCAUCUCCCCCUCGCCCCCG